AUGAUACUGAUUAUAAAUAUGUGUCUAAUAAAGCCAAGAUAUUCCACUCGUUCCCAUCCCAGAAAGCAGAAAAUGAAACUGGCUUUAUUGUUUCUCCUUUUGUUUAGCUUUAAAUAUGUUAUUUCCAUUGCAGUAGAUGAUGACAUUGAUGAGGUUCCCAUCAUUCUUGAGGAUGCCGCUGGCAAUGCCAUCACUGCUAUGUACGUCAGUAUAAGACUUGACGAAUUCGUUGAAGUUCCCGAAUGGGAGCUUCAUGAGUCUGAAUCCUGGAUAAAUGUUUCCUAUAUCCCAAUGCAUAAUGUCAUCUUACCUGGAAUGGAACUACCGACAAGUGUCAUAAGUACCGAUUAUGUGAAUUGGGUCGAUGGGACUGGAAAGUGCGUUGAUACAACUUCUGGACUCCCCCUUUCAGUAUGGAACAUGAGCUUCAACAUCUGGCAGCAUCUGAGUAGAUCUGACUGUGCUAUGGAAACAGGGAAAGCGGGCGAUCUCUACUGGAAAUUCUGGACCAGUGGUGGAGAUUGUAAAGGUACGACUGAUCCCAAAACCAUUUUCGGAGCUGUUAUGGGUAUGAUGGAAAGAGUACUAAACGGGUUAAUUUGCACUAACUAUUGUAUUACCUUGACUCAAGGAGGUACAUGGUAUGGGAACUUGAUUUUAGGCCCCACAUCUGCUGCAUGGAGCUCUUCAUGUGUCGGUGUUUACAGUGGUGACUGGGUCAUGGGCUGUGGGUCGUUGGACUGGCCAUGUUCAUCAUGGAAUUAA